UGUUUAUCUUUGUCUCUCUUUCAUGAAAGCUGAAAGCUGACAGCUGAGCCCAAUUGGUGUAAUUUCACGCCUCAUUUGUUACCGUGCUCUUGGGCAAUUAUAAAUGCUUCUUCUUUUCCCUUUCCUUCACAAAACUGAUCCAACCAAAGUUCAGUCACAAGACUCGCAAGAAGAAGGAAUCAAGGCAGCCGACUGGGUUUGCUUUAGACAGAGAAAGAGAAGCCCAUACAUAUCAUAUACUUGCAUAUAAAUAUAUAUAUAUAUAUAGAGAGAGAGAGAGAGAGAGAGAGAGAGAGGGUUCUUCUUUCAGAGAGAGAAAGAUAAAUAGAAAGAGGAGAUGCAGAGGCGGAGGUGGAAGACGCUGGGACUACUGAGGAGGUUACUAACGUGCGCCAUAGGUUCAAUAGGCCUACUGGCCCUUCUCUAUGCCCACCUACGCCCUUCCCGAGUCCCCAAGUUGCCAGACUCUUACAAGCUAUCAAUGCAACAAGAAAUCGGGUACCAAAAAUUGGGAGGAGAGACAAGCUGGAAGCUGGAACUGGCGCCGCCCCAUCUGUUAAGAACACCUCUCCCUGCUCACAAGGUGAAUGGUGCCAGUGGGAUUGAGGAUCUAGAUAAGCUGUGGAAGCGACCCCCAAACCGGGACUAUUUGCCCUGCGUGCAGCCAAGUUCAACCUACAAUAUGCCUGAAGAGUCUCAAGGUUACCUCCUUGUUCAUGCAAAUGGAGGACUUAAUCAGAUGCGAGCUGGGAUAUGUGACAUGGUUGCUGUUUCUCAUAUCAUAAAUGCCACACUUGUAAUUCCAGAACUUGAUAAACGCUCAUUUUGGCAGGACAUCAGCAACUUUUCUGAUGUAUUUGAUGAAGAUCAUUUUAUUACUUCCUUGGCUAAUGAUGUUAAAGUCAUUAAAAAACUACCUAAGGAACUGGCAAACGCUACCAGAGCAAUUAAGCACUUUAGGAGCUGGUCUGGUAUUGAUUAUUACCAGAAUGAGAUUGCUAGCUUGUGGGAAGAUUAUCAGCUUAUUCGAGCAGCUAAGUCUGAUUCUCGACUGGCAAACAAUAAUCUGCCUCCAGACAUUCAGAAGCUGCGCUGUCGUGCUUGUUAUGAAGCGCUGCGCUUUUCACCACCAAUUGAAGCCAUGGGAAAAUUGUUGGUGGAUCGAAUGAGGUCUUAUGGUCCAUAUAUUGCAUUGCAUUUACGUUAUGAAAAGGACAUGCUUGCCUUUAGUGGGUGCACACAUGAUUUAUCCCCAGAGGAAGCUGAUGAACUGAAGAUAAUCAGGGAGAACACUGCAUAUUGGAAAGUAAAAGAUAUCAAUUCCACAGAACAAAGAGCCAAAGGGUUCUGCCCUUUGACUCCAAAGGAGGUUGGCAUAUUCCUCACUGCUAUGGGAUUCCCAUCAAAAACCCCCAUAUAUAUUGCUGCUGGAGAGAUAUAUGGUGGAGAUUCUCGUAUGGCUGAUUUGCGACUGCGCUAUCCCCUUCUAAUGGAUAAGGAAAAACUAGCAUCGGCAGAGGAGAUAGAGCCUUUUGUCAAUUAUGCAUCUCAAAUGGCUGCUCUAGACUACAUUGUGUCAGUUGAGAGUGAUAUAUUUAUUCCCUCGUACUCUGGAAAUAUGGCGAGGGCAGUUGAGGGUCAUCGUCGUUUCUUGGGACAUAGGAAGACCAUUUCUCCUGACAGGAAAGCCCUUGUCCACCUUUUUGACAAAAUAGAGAGGGGCACCCUGAGAGAAGGCAAAAAACUUUCCACUCGUGUUAUUGAAAUCCACAGGAGACGGCAAGGUUCUCCAAGGAAGAGAAAGGGCCCCAUUUCCGGUACAAAAGGCAUGGAUCGGUUUCGAUCCGAAGAAGCAUUUUAUGUGAACCCUUUGCCUGAUUGUUUAUGUCAGAAGGAAACAGCAAAUUUCAACACUUCUGUCAGCAUCAGGUAGAUCAGAGUGAGUAGCUGAACAAGUACCAUGCUGAAAAUGAACUCAAACCAGCAGAUUGGUGGCAAUGUUCCUUCCUUAUAAUUUAUUGAAGCCCAAGAAGCUGCCGCCGCCAUUAAUGGAGUUUCAGGUUGCUGACAGCCUUCAUCUGAGAGCUGGCUCCUUCUAUGCUUGUGUAGGUAAAAUAAGAUGAGGCAUUGUGGUAGAAAGAUGAGUGGUUUUGCUGGAACAAGGCUUCUCCUCCAAUUCUUAAAAAAGGAUAAUUAGAACCCAGAAGGGAUGGAGGUGGAGAUUCAAUGGGGAUACAGUUACUGCGUUAGUGUCGUUUUUACACUAACAUGAUCUGUUGAUGCAUGUAUCAAAGUCCUGGGCAUCCAUUGGAAUAAAAUAGAAAGAAUUCAUUCUUUUCGCUUCUCAA